GGACAGAGAGUGGAAGGAGUGAAGUGAUAGAGGCAGUUCUCCUGCUGUUUAAUGAUUUUUCUUCAUCAGGAUGAAAUUCAGAAUGAAUGUCCACCAUGUUCUGUUCUUCUGCUUCUUAUCAGGAGCACUGUGUCCCACAGAAACCUACUCUGGAGACUUCCCCUUCUAUACAGCGACUGAAGGACAAAGUAUCUCCUUUGAAUUCCCCUUCACUCUGGCCGGACGGAGCAGGAGUUACUUGUGCAAGGGGGAAUGCAAAAAGAAGGACAUUCUCAUUAAAACACCUCAUGCCACAGCUCAGCAUGGAAGAUACAGCAUCAAGUAUCAUGAAGGAGUUCUGCAAGUGACCAUCACAGAGCUGCAAACAUCUGACUCGGGUUGGUACAGGUGUGGGGUGGGCAACCUUUCCCUAUCGGAUUCAUACGAGCUUGUUGAGAUCAGAGUUAAAGAAGUCUCUCACUCAGUUUCCCCCCUGAUUGCCGUAGAGUGUGCGACAGUGGUUGGUUUUGUGCUAUUGGCGGUUUUUCUACUGCUGCUUUACAAAUGGAAGUCAAAGAGGGAAACUGAUGGUUUCAACACCAGGGGAAACUCAGACAAUACAAACAUGGAGUUUGUCACCUACGAAAACUGUCCUCCACUCUCCACAUGUGAAGACUCCACCUACCAGGCCCUCGAUCCAGCCAGCAGGGAUCAGGAUCAGAUCUACUUUACCCUCAUACAGGAUGUGUAGUUGUUGAAUGGGCACAUUUUUUAUAUUUAAAAAAUAAAUAAAUAAAACUUU